AUGACGAAAGGACUGCCUGUGAUCGACACCACCAAGGACCUCUCGGCUCUUUUCAUUAAGCAAGCUGCUGUCAGUCCCGAUGCUGUGGCUCUGGAGGAUGGCGAUGUUACAUAUACCUACGCCCAGUUGGAUGCCGAAGUAGACACUCUCGCUGCGCGUCUACGUGGCUAUGGCGUUGGUCGCAACACACAAGCCGGGGUACUUCUACCGCGAUGCGCUCAUUACGUGAUUGCCUGUUUGGCCAUCCUACGGGCGGGCGGUGCCUUUCUCUCCCUCGAGUUAGCCUAUCCCCCGGAACUUCUAUCAGACGUGAUCGAGGAUGCGAAACCGGUGGUCGUGAUUACACACGCUUCUGAGGAGCCCAAGGUCGUUAAACAGGUACCCGUCAUUUGUCUCGAUCAGCCUCCAACGGAGCUCAAUGGAAACGGCAAAGACCCAGGUCCCCUGCCCACAGAUGACGAUUUGGAUCGACUUUGCUUUGUGUCCUAUUCAUCCGGCACCACCGGCAAGCCCAAGGGUAUCGCAAACCCACACCGAGCUCCUGUGCUUUCAUACAACCUACGAUUCCUCGUGCAAGAUGUGAAGCCUGGAGACCGAGUUGCAUGCAAUGUGUUUUUCAUUUGGGAGAUAAUACGUCCGCUUUUGCGAGGAGCUACCGUCGUAGUAGUACCAGACGAAGUCAGCUACGAUCCUGCUGCACUGGUUGACCUACUUGCUUCGAAGCGUAUUACGGAGACUUUGAUGACACCCACUCUUCUCGCUACUGUUCUCGCUUCCAAUCCAGAUAUCCAGUCACGCCUGCCAGAGCUGCGCACUCUUUGGUUUAAUGGUGAAGUCGUCACCACAGAUCUUGCCGGCCGGUCAAUGAAAGGGCUCCCUCAUACGCGUCUGCUGAAUUGUUAUAGCGCCUGUGAGACUCACGAAAUUGCUUGUGGUGAUAUUCGCGAAAUGUACGACGAGAAUUCUCUAUAUUGUCCUGUUGGGCCACCAAUGGACCCUGAGCACACCUAUAUUCUUGACGAACAAGGAAAACGAAUUACCACGAACGAGGUCGGAGAGCUGUUCAUUGGUGGAUCAAUGUUGGCAUGGGGAUACAUCAACCGUCCAGAGACCACCGCCGAAGCUUUCACUCCUAAUCCAUACGACACGGCUCCUGGUGCUCGCAUGUACAAGACGGGCGACCGAGCGCGUAUUUUACCUUCCGGCAUACUCGAAAUUAGCGGUCGAGUGGGCACCAUGAUUAAACUGCGUGGCUACUCGGUUGUUCCAGGAAAAGUUCAAAGCGAAAUCUUGAAACGCUUUGCUGCCUGCAAUUGCAGUGUAGUCGCGCACGGUGAAGGGCUGGAAAGACAACUAGUGGCAUAUGUAGUACGCGACCGGGAAGCUUCACAAGAUCGCCUGCCUAUUGUCAUCGAUGAAUCAGGACGCAGUCCAGAAGCGCGUCGUGCGCUCGCUCCUUAUCUUGCGCAUUACAUGAUUCCGACACUCUGGGUUGAGAUGGAUGCUCUACCCACAAACGAAGUCUCCGGCAAAGUAGACGUGAAGAAUCUCCCACCUCCGCCAAAACCAGUGCAAGUCAACGGCAACCAUAAGCCAACUGUAUCAGAUUCUGUCAGCUUCAAAGAUAUUGCAGCGUUCUGGGCUGCCAUCCUCAAAGUACCACAGAGCAGUCUCAAACCCGAGGAUGACUUUUUCAUUCUAGGUGGACAGUCAUUGAUGCUAGCUGAUUUGUCCUCAAGGCUCGCAAAGAACUACGGUUUCCGUGUGUCUAUUGCACGAUUGGCUGAGGUUCCAACUCUCGCUGGACAUCUUGCGGCAGUUCGUGCAGCAAGAGACGGCCACAGCGCGGCAGUACAAGCUGAACUCCCUUCCAUUCUACGAAAGGACUCUACGUUAGACGACGACAUCAAGCCCUACAAUCUCAAUUUACGUCCCAUUGAUACCGCAGAGACCGUGCUUCUGACAGGAGUCACUGGAUUCCUCGGCGCUUUCCUUCUCAACGAGUUGUUGGAGAGCACGAGUGCCCAUAUCAUCUGCCUAGUGCGUUUCGGCCAUCCGACACUGGAUGGCCAGCCGGAAGCCGUUGCAAGAAUACGCAAGAACCUGCUGGAUUUGGGCUUGUGGCGUGAUUCGAUCAUGGAAAGAGUAGAGAUUCUCCCCGGCAACUUGUCUUUGGAUAGAUUCGGUCUUUCUCACGAAGAAUUUGACGAUUUGGCAUCCCGUGUUCAAGUGAUUGUUCAUGCAGCCGCCACUGUCAACCUUGUAUACCCAUACGCGGCUUUACAAAAGGCCAAUGUUGAAGGUACAAGAGAGAUCAUUCGUCUCGCAUGCAAGAGCGGUGCCACAUUACAAUACGUGUCCACAAACGGAGUAUUACCACCAUCAGGCAAGGAUGGCUGGUCAGAAGACACCAUCCUGCCUGUCGAGGAUGUACCCGAAAAGCUUCCCGAUGGCUAUGGGCAAACAAAAUGGGUAGCUGAGCAGCUUGUACUGGAAGCUGGUCGUCGUGGAUUACCAGUGAAGAUUCAUCGAGCAGGAACGAUUAGUGGACACAGCACGACUGGUGCUUCCAAUGCCUGGGACUUGUUGUCUGCCAUAAUCGUGGAAUCAAUUAGACUCGGAUAUGCGCCGGAUGUGGAUGGUUGGAGGGCCGAGAUGACCCCGGUAGACUUUGUCAGCAAGUCAAUCAUUCAUCUUUCGUCUCAAACCGCUCCCCAGCAGACUAUAUUCCACCUAGGUGAUCCCGACCCCAUCACCAUCAGAUCAGUUUUCGAUCAACUUGAGCAAUUGGGCUAUCCAACAAAACCUCUAGGAUGGGGUGAAUGGGUUACUCUAUGGAAUGAGAAGCGGGGUAUUGUGAAAGGUGGGGACGGCGCGUUUACUGUGGAUAUUCUUCGAAGUGGCAUGCCGACCGUGGACUUCUUGAAAGGCAUUGUUGUCUUGAACAACAGCAAAACGCGGCCUUUCCGAAUUGCAGUCGAAAGACCCAAGGUUGAUACUGCCUUGCUCAGUACUUAUACUCGCCAUUGGUUCGCAAGAGGCUGGUUGCCACAAGCUCCACGAAAAGGUGUUGCCAUGUCCGCAAAACAAGUGAACAGAUCGCCAUUGUAUGGGCGCGUUGCAGUGAUUACUGGUGCAUCUUCUGGUAUUGGUGCUGCUGUUGCCACCGCAUUGGUGAAGCAAGGAUGCCAUGUAGCACUUGGUGCUAGGCGAGUGGAAGCUUUGGAAGCUGUCCAGCGCAACUUUGGUACCGCCGAAGGCAAAAGCAUCAUUCGGGCAACGGAUGUAACGGACAAGAAGCAAGUGGAGGAACUUGUUCGUACGGCGACCGAUGAGCUUGGAGCAGUGGACAUACUUGUCUCUUGUGCCGGUGUAAUGUAUUUCACCAUGAUGGCGAAUGUGCAGACCGAAGAGUGGGAACGUACCGUGGACGUGAACUGCAAGGGUCUAUUACAUUGUCUGUCUAGCACAGUACCAGGAAUGCUGUCCCGUGGCAGUGGCCACAUCGUCGCUAUUUCAUCCGAUGCAGGACGAAAAGUGUUCCCCGGUCUGGGCGUGUAUUCAGCCAGCAAAUUCUUCGUUGAGGCGACUCUGCAAUCACUGCGUCUCGAAACCGCCGGUAAAGGACUACGUGUUACCAGUGUGCAGCCAGGAAACACCGCCACUGACCUACUCAACAUGUCGACCGACGCCGAAGCAAUCAAGAAAUAUGGCGAGCCGACGGGAGCUCAAAUACUCGACCCGAGUGAUGUUGCCAACUCGAUCGUCUACGCGCUGUCGCAACCGGCACAUGUUUCUGUCAAUGAAGUAUUGAUCGAACCUAGAGAUGAGCCUAUAUAG